UCUUAAUUUACUAGUUCUUUAAAUUCAAUUUUCCCUCUGGAUGAUUCAUAGGCGAGUAAUCAUUUUGAAAUUACACUUUGUUCCCAAAGUCAAGCCGGGCAAGCUCGUAGCUGGAUCCAGAUCUCUCACUAAUACCAACAUCAACUCAUUUAUCAUCUCACAAUAUGUAUUUCCUCACAACCAUAAAAGCAAGAGCCAUCUCAUUGGGUCUCCUCCCAAAAAGUCACAAAAAACGUCCUAAAUCAGAACCCAACGUUCUCCCCCCUUUAAUUCCAACCGAGCUACCCCACAUUCUACCCGAGCACUCAUUCGCGCUCUCCGAUCAAGGCUGGACAAAACUCACAUUAGACCAACCCGUCGAUCCACUUCAGACCACCUCGCAAGCACUCUUGCAAGCCAGUAAGGCGUUUUUCGACUUACCAGCCGAGAAGAAGCACGAAUUCAAAACUCGCGCGGGGACGGAGGAGGGGUGGAACCAUGUCCCUGGGGAGAAAGAGUUUAUUACUUUAAGGAGUUUAGAGAGGGUUCCCGUAGAGUUGAGGAAUGCGGCGAGUGAUUUUUGGGACGUUGCGGGGGUUCUGUUGGAUGAUUUGGUGAGGAGGGUAGCUGAGAGUUUGGGAUUACCGCCUGAUGCUUUGGGGGUAUAUUCGGAGCCUUGUAGGAAGUUGGGGGUUGAGAAGACUGCGAAUUUGCUGAGGUUAUUUUGGUAUGAGAGUAGCUCGAAUGAAACUGAGAUGAGGACUGUUGCUGAAGGUAAGUUGCCAUAUCGCGUACACAUGGGGUGUGACUUUUGAAUUUUGACGAAGAAAUGGCUAAAUUGCAAUCCAGCACAUCGAGAUUUAGGUCUUAUCUCUCUCGUCAUCGGCGAUACCCCCGGUCUCGAGGUCUGGAACCGAACCUCCCAGUACUGGUUCCCGAUCGAGAAAUCCUUCCCCGAACCGGCAGGCAGCUUAAUAAUCGGACGACAACUCGAGCGACUUUCAAACUCCCGCUACCAAUCUGGUGGUCACCGAGUCGUCUCGUAUCCAAAUCCCAAUCUAGAUCCACAGUCAAGUAUAACGCCACGGUAUCGCUACUCUAUUGUUUUUGUCUUGCUAGCGCAUGAACCGGUUCCGGUGAAUACUGAUCAACUUACUACGAAAAUCACCGGACCUUUUGCAAAUCCGGUGAGUGGGACGGCUGGGAAGCUGUAUAGGGAGAUUCAUCGGGCGCAUUUUAAUAUUAAUACGGCGAUUGAGGAGAGGAAUAGGCAGAGGGAGGUAUUGGCUGCUAGGAAGGAGAUGGAGGAGCAGGCGAACUUGAAGGCGUAGUGUGGCUCUCUAAUCAGAUGUGGAAUCCAACUUCAAAAAUGAGUUUUAGAAUGGGGUACCUGGUAG